CGUCCAUCACAAACACAGCAGCAGCCGCCAUUUCGCUGCUCGGAGCGGAAGAGGAAGCGUCCAACAUCCUCCGGUAACACCGAGCGUGUCAUGGAGGUCCCGGGACCGGACAGCGACUGGAGGAGCCCGCAGUUCCGACAGAAAGUGGUCGCUCAGAUUGAAGAGGCGAUGAGGAAGGCAGGAACUGCACACACCAAGUCGAGUAACGACAUGGAGAACCACGUCUACGUCAAAGCCAAGUCUAGAGAGGAGUAUUUGUCUCUGGUGGCGAGGCUCAUCAUUCACUUCAGAGACAUCCACAAGAAGACGCUGGGAGGUCCGGAUCCCAUGAAUGCCCUGACUAACCUGACAGGGGGCCAGGGCGCCAUUGGCAUGGGGCCUCGCCCCACCGGUGCUCCAGUGGGUGGCAUGGGGGCCAUGGGGCAGAUGCAGAUAGGCCAGCAUGCCAUGGCAGGGGUGGCUGGAAACCCACAAGCCAUAGGAGGUCCAGGCCAGAUGCCGAUGCAGCAGAUGGUGCAGGCGCAGCAGCAGCAACAGCAGCAGCAGCAGCAGUCCAUCCAGUUCCAGCAGUUCCAGCAGGCCCAGCAGGCCCAGCAGCAGCAGCAGCAACAGCAGCAGCAGCAGUUCCAGGAA